CGAAAGUUCUCUGCUCCCCGCCAUGGCUCGAUGGCCUUUGCGCCCAAGAAGCGCAGCAAGCGUCAUCGUGGCAAGGUAAAGGCUUUCCCGAAGGAUGACCAGUCCAAGCCCAUCCACCUGACCGCUUUUGUGGCCUACAAAGCCGGCAUGACCCAUAUCGUUCGCGAAGUCGACAAGCCCGGCUCCAAGAUCAACAAGAAGGAGGUCGUCGAAGCGGUGACCAUCCUGGAGACGCCGCCGAUAGUCAUUGUCGGCGUGGUCGGCUACAUCGAGACUCCCAAGGGUCUGCGCCCCUUCAAGACCGUCUGGGCUGAGCACCUGAGCGAGGAGUGCCGCCGCCGCUUCUACAAGAACUGGUACAAGUCGAAGAAGAAGGCCUUCUCCAAGUACGCCAAGAAGUGGGCUGAUCCUCUUGGCAAGCGAGAGAUCGACAUGGAUCUGGCUCGCAUCAAGAAGUACUGCACCGUUGUGCGUGUGAUUGCUCACACCCAGAUGCGCCUGAUGAAGAAACGCCAAAAGAAAUCCCACAUCAUGGAGAUCCAGGUGAACGGUGGCACGGUCUCCCAGAAGGUCGACUGGGCCCGCGCCCACUUUGAGAAGCCCGUCUCCAUCGAGAGCGUCUUUGCCCAGGACGAGAUGAUCGACGUGAUCGGUGUCACCAAGGGCAAAGGCUUCAAGGGCGUAACGAGUCGCUGGCACACGAAAAAACUUCCCAGGAAAACUCACAAGGGCUUGCGCAAAGUCGCGUGUAUUGGUGCUUGGCAUCCCAGUCGAGUGCAGUUCACUGUGGCUCGUGCCGGUCAGAAGGGCUACCACCACCGAACGGAGAUCAACAAGAAGAUCUACAAGAUUGGCAAGGGCGGUAAGGACGCCAAGAACAACGGCUCCACCGAGUACGACUUGACCGAGAAGAACAUCACUCCCAUGGGUGGCUUCCCCCACUAUGGAACGGUCAACUGCGACUACUUGAUGCUCAAGGGCUGCACUGCCGGUCCCAAGAAGCGUGUCCUCACUCUCCGAAAGUCCCUGCUCGUGCAAACCAAGCGUUCCGCUUUGGAAAAGAUCAACCUCAAGUUCAUCGACACUUCCUCGAAGUUCGGUCACGGCAAGUUCCAGACCAUCAACGAGAAGCGAGCUUUCAUGGGCCCUCUCAAGAAGGAUCGACUCGCUGCCGAGGCCAAGACCACUGCUGCUGUUUAA